ACAAUAAAUAUACUUUGUACUCUUAUUACGUAAGUUUUCUACACAUUGACGACCACAGGAUACGAUGAUUUUGUGCCCCGUUUCCUGUCAUUUUUAACAUCCUUUCUCUCAAAUUUGUUGGUAAAGUUCAAUAUGGAAUACAUUUGACAAUAUCAAGACUGGUUUAAACGAGAAAAAGUGCAUCCUUCGUUAGAAGAAGUGGUUGAAAUGUAGUUGGAUAAUUUUUAUGAACUAUAAACCACUGUAACCGGACUCGUAGCGUUUAAAAUGAAUAGUGGUUCUAACGGAAAUAAAGAGACUACAAAAGAUUUGAGCAAAAAGCGACAAUCUGGUGAAUUUUUGGAUGUUUUAACAUCAAUGACUUCUGGAGCAAUGGCAGGUGCAGUUGCCAAAACAACCAUAGCUCCUUUAGACAGAACGAAGAUUAUCUUUCAGACUUCUGAAAUGCACUUCUCUGUUAAGAAUGCAAUAAAGGUGAUUACGAACACGGUUCGAGAACAAGGUAUGCUGGCAUUAUGGCGAGGAAACAGUGCUACCAUGGCACGGAUUGUACCAUAUGCUGCAAUUCAGUUCUCUGCAUUUGAACAAUUGAAGAAAGUCUUAAGUCCUGAAGCCAGAGAUGGACCAGCUUUAACAAGAUUUGUAUGUGGUUCAUUAGCUGGAAUAAUUGCAGCUUUUUGUACUUAUCCUUUGGACUUAGUUCGUGCAAGAAUGGCUGUUACACAGAGAGGAAAAUACAAUGGUUUAUUUGAUGCAGUUCAUAAAAUACAUAUGGAGGAAGGCACAAAGAAAUUCUAUCGAGGUUUUGUCCCAACUAUGUUGGGUAUUGUACCUUACGCUGGUCUUAGUUUUCUAACCUAUGAAACGUGUAAGAGUUCAUAUCGUAAGUGGUCUGGUGGAGUGGAACCUAACUCAAUGUAUAGAUUAGUGUUUGGUGCUUCUGCUGGCUUUGUUGGUCAAUCAACAACAUAUCCACUGGACAUUGUUCGAAGACGUAUGCAAACUGAUGGUACUCAUGGCCAACAUAACCCAGAAUAUAGAACUAUAGUCAGCACUGUGAGAUCAAUACUACGUAAUGAAGGAUUUAUCUCUGGCCUGUACAAAGGUCUUAGUAUGAACUGGGUCAAAGGACCAAUUGCUGUAGGCAUGAGUUUUACAACUUAUGAUUUCUGUCAUGAACAAUUUAAGAGAGCUUUGGGUAGAAAUUCAUAGCAUUGAAUAAUCAAUAUAUCCUUUUAUGCAAUUUGCACAAUAUUUUUGUAAUAGUUCUGUUCGCAAUUUACUCAAUUGUUGCAUAAUUGGAGCAACACAAGCAACUCUAGUUAAUAUGAGAGACUUAACUAAGACAGAACUAAAUUUUUGUAGGAUAUAAUUAACU